UGUCUUGUCAAUGACAUAAUAAUAUCUUAUGAUCUUAUUUCUAGAGAAGAAGUUCAGGAGCAUACGGUCAGAUGGAAUGCCAAGUUCGAGUUCUGUUGUAAAAUGAGUGCGAAUGCGUCAACCGGUGUUCUAGAUCCAUGCAUCUUAAGGAUAUCAGUGAGGAAGGAAUUGAAGGGAGGCAGGUCCUUCCAGAGGCUAGGUUUUACCGAUCUGAACCUCGCCGAAUUCGCAGGAGCUGGUCUCUGUCGAAGGAGGUGUCUCCUUGAAGGCUAUGACGCGAGACAUCGCCAGGAUAAUUCUAUGCUCAAAGUAGCUAUUAAGAUGAACAUACGUUCCGGAGAUAUACUCUUCAAAGUACCUUCGCCGUCGUUAAAACAGACUCAACUAGCAGUUCCUGGUGUCCCUGGAGUACCAGGAGUUACAGCCGACGAGGUGACCGUUGAAAGAUGUAGCAACCGAGAAGAUUAUGUGUCUAGUGGCUCAUUGGCCGGUAGUAUUGCUAGCGCAAGCAGUGGUUUCGGUAGUCUUCCGAAGAAAAGGCCAGCACUUUUCUCAUCCGAACUACUCAGUGGGACGGAAACGUACGAUCCCAUGACCCUAAGUGAGAUCGUACCUUCGGCUCUUCCGGUGGUUGAGGCAUUGACAGAAGGGCACACAGAAUCAGGCCAUUCGAGGAAUAGCAGCAAUACCAGUCAACUGAGCAAAGGAUCGGGAUAUGGAUCUCUUAACUCGCACAGUCAGCAUAGUAGACAGAGCAGUAGUGGUGACAGUGGGCAUAUUAGGUCACCCUCCUGGCCGGUAUGGGCACCACGUAUCCCGAAUCAUUCCCAAAAUCCUUGUAAUUUUCCAAAUGCACGGCCUGAAACGUCCUUCGAACCAAGGUCACCGUCACCAACGUCGUCAAUGAUGCUCGUUGAUCCAAGAGCCAGAUUUUGGUCCACUUCUAGUCCUAUUUCCUCUCGGAUCAUGAGAAACGGUACGGGAAAUCGUAGGAAUACAACAACAACUACAAAGUCGAUGACGAUGAUGCCCGAGACAACAAAGACAAUAACUAUUACAACUAAGACAAGAGAAACUGAUAAUGUUGAGGCUGCUGUCAAUCCUAAUGUUUAUUUUCCUAAUUUGGAUUUAACGGAAUCAUCAUCAGAAAGAAACGGUGUUAUUAGAAAUCGUACGAGUAGUUCCAUUUUAUCGAACGAUCAUUACGAAGAGAAUCGAACUACUGGAUCGACUACUACUACCGGUGUAUUUAGGGUACCAGGACCUAACGACGUGCCGCGACACUUGAGAAAAAAUUACGAAAGAAAUAGUUUCGAGGCACGUAACGAACGUAAUAGUUUAUCUAACUUAGGACAAUACAAAAGGAACGAACAACAAAUUAUAAGUCAGGUGAUCGUACCAAAUACAAAACCGAGAAUUGGUCAGCCCGGUUGGCGUGGUAUAUCGAAAACCUGUGAUUGCAUUGAAAAGGGACAAACUAGUCCAGUAUUACGAUUGGUAGAUCAGGCCAGGGCCGUAUCCUCUCCCGAUCCUCUCCAUAGGCCUGAUAAUCCUAGAGCAUCCCUACGUUCCGCGACGACGGCUCAAACCCUCAGAAAUCCUUCAGGAGGUUCUGGUCUAAGUGAAACUGGAUCCUUGGAUCGAGCAAAGGCAGCAUUGGAACGACGAAAAAAGGCAGAAGAUGGUACAGGAAAUCCUAGCUUAUGCAGGAUCGAAGUCACCAGACCUAAUCCAGAUUCAUUGAUCGAUGAAUUGAUUAAGGCAACGAAUUUGGAGCAAACGGAUCUCGAAAGUUCUGAGACAACCGGUUUACAGUUGUUCAUCGCAAAGGAUGGAACAACAGCAUUGGGUAGUCACGAGGUGAAGAGUCAAAUGCCUGCCGGUGUGUUCAAGCAGGUGGUGAUGGAAGAAAACAAUAGGUAACACCAAGCCAUCACAUCAAGGCGGCAAUACGCUAGGCAGGCCAGCACAACGUUCUCAUUGGCCUUGGUGCCUGAACUCAUCUACGAGGCUUACGAGCCACGGUAGUCAUGAUGGAGAACGACUUGUUUGUUGGGUCGAAUAUAAGAAGAAGAAAAGAAAAGAAAAAACAAAAAAAAGAAAAAAGAUGAUGAAGAGAAAGAAGACGAAGAAGAAGAAGAAGAAGAAGAGGAUCAUCGUCGUAAUGGUGUGUCUGAUAAAAAAAAUGAUCAGACUAUGAAAAACGACAACUUCCAUCUAGCGA